GUUUAGUCCGUUUUCCGAGAUGAGGAAAUCAGGAGCAUUGAAGACCGGAGGAAAUAUAUGGAAUUCCAAGAGGUCUGUACUUGGAAUGUUACAAGGACCCCGUCGGAACACACAUCGAAAUUCCGGUAGUGAUGAUCAUUGUCUGAUGGCAAUGAUGUGUCCUUCCACGGAAAUACAGUUUCCGACAGGAACUCUUGGCACUGGUUUCCAUAUCGGAGUGGAACAUUUUGGAAUCGGUAUGCAACUAUACUGCGCAGUAUCUUGAAUGUUUCGACAUGCUAUCGUCAUCCUUCCCUUGUGGUGAAAUGUCCACUUUAAUGGCCGAUGUGUUCCGAGUAUUACAGGACAGUGUCUGCCAUCAACCAUGGACACCAGAAAUCCUUUCGUUGCUGCAAUGUGCGAACAAUCGAGAACUUCAAGUGACAAUAUUCGGUGAAUUCCAGAGAUUGAGUGGCAUUUCCUCGGCAUAUCACGAGAUGGGCAUCCCCAUAGCACAGCAAAUGUCGACCUUGUGUCGGUGGCAGUUCUCGUCCUUUAACGGAGUGAUGCAGUACACUAGGUCUAUCUGUAAAGGGAAUGUCUACAAAACUAUUUGUGAUAUCCGAGCAAGACUUGACCCUUACAUGGACGCCAUGUUGUCUUUAAGAAGCCCAGACAUGGAAUGUCCGAAGGAAACAUUCAGAUGUUCAGCCCGGAGAGGUCUAUAGACCUUUUUAGAUCACGGAGAUAGUGGUCCACCAGGUAACAUUUCACUAAGGAUAUCCCUCUAUGGUGUCAGAUGAGUUUGUUUAGUGGUGUCCCGAUGUAUAUUAGACUGAAACGUCGAUGAUGAUACCAGUUAUAAGGAGCUGACAGCAGGAGAAUAUUGCCAGAACAUUGGAAACGUAGUCUUAUUGGGACCUGUUAUAAAUACUGUCAAUACAGUUCACUGUAAACCUUCCUAGUGAGUCUGGGUAGUGAUGAAACACAUGCCGUGGAUAUAUAAUGCUGUUCAGUACGACGAGUACUACCCGGGACGGGUUCUUACACUGAUUUUCGCCGAGA